UGGCCUUACCUAGAGUACAUGUCAGUACUCUGUAUAAUAUAUAUUGUGUCUUUGAGUGCCUAUGUUAGUGUAUCAUAGCAAGGCAUUUGUGUUGUUGAGAGUUAUGGCCGAGUGUACUCAGUGCUGACUCAUGCUGAUUAAUGCUCUUCGUCUGCUUUCAGAUUCACACUAGUGUCCUGUUCUGAGUAAUGGUGAUGUAUGAACUACAGGCGCUUCAGUAUUGAUUUAUUUUGUAGUUGAUCUACACAGGUUUCAGGACUGUGUUUUCUCUCAUAACUUUCAUAGGAUUUAAGGUAACUGGCAGGGAAUGUCUUGAAACAAAGCACCCAGGAGAUGCUUGGUUGUUUGCUUCCUUGCCUGCAGUAUGAAGUGAUAUAAGACUAUCAUUUGAGGUUGAUCUGAAUGAUGAGAAAGACUCCACUGGCCUGAAGUAGAAAUGUCCAAAAAGUACAUCCUGAACUCUGCUGACAAGGCGCUGAGUCCGGGCCAAGUUUACCUGGAGAAGGUUUCCUCCAGUGUACUCAAAGACCUCUUCAGCAGCGGCAGCUACAACGCCCUGCUGCAGGCGGAGGAACAAGAGAAGAGGAGUCCCAAGCACUUCAAGAGGCCGAAAACAUCUGUAAAAUGUGGCGCCACUGUAACAACCAGAAGAAAAGCCCAAGGCAGCACGGCUUCUAAAAAGUGUCGAGCACCAGAUGUUGGCGUUAAACCAGCACAGACAAACCGAGUCCUCUCAGGAAAUCUGUCCAAACCAGCUCGAAACAUCGCAGUAGUGGGAAGUACGAUGGGUUUGAACCCUCGUACGGCCCCACAGAUCAGGAAGACCCUGAGUUCCCCUCGCACCAAACUCCCCUCGCUGCACAAAGCAUCCGUCACACGGGAAGUGGAGAACACCAAGAGGCUCUGCAUCCUCUCCGCCAUCAAGCCGUCCAACGUGGAGAAAGAGAAGGCCAAGUUCUUCAAGUCUGACUUCAACUACAACCCACAGUUUGAGUACAGCAACCCGGUUCCUCCGCUGGUUCUGGCCCGGCACAGCAUCGCCUCCGAUCGCUUCCUCACGCAGGCGGUGAACAUCAUGGAGUUGGCUCUGCAGAGAUACGGCAGCUAUGAGAAGUUUGAACAAGCCACCGGAGGAAAUCUGCUGAGCAAGAGUCGCGUCUGCCACAACGUCAAGAAGUACAUGGAGAAGGAGGGCUGUGUGGGGGAGAUCGUGGUGCAGGUGACGGAGGACCUGCUCUCCAGAGCCUCCAUGACGGUGGUGAACAGCCGCCCGACCCUCACCAUCAACAUCUGCAGCGCCAGAGAGCACUGGCUGGAGGGGAUGCUGCGGCACGAGAUCGGAACUCAUUAUUUCCGCGGGCUGAACAACCUGCAGCAGCCGUGGAGCAGCGCGUCGGCCCGCAGGAGGCUCAACCUGAGGCCCCUGAACCCCACAGAGGAGGGUCUGGCCAGCCUGCACAGCGUCCUCUUCAGAAAGGACCCCACGCUGUGGAGAGCAGCUCUUCUUUACUACACCGUGCACCAGGCCAGCAGCAUGUCCUUCUGUCAGCUCUUCCACUGCCUGGGGGGCUUCCUGCAGGACCCCAACACCCGCUGGGACUACUGUGUGAGGGCCAAGAGGGGCCAGAGGGAUACCAAGCAGCCAGGAUGCUUCAGUAAAGACCAGGUGUAUCUGGACGGGAUCCUGAAGAUCCUGAGGUUCAGAGACAAGAUCAACUUCCCCCUGCUGAUGGCUCUGGGGAAGGUGUCUUUUGAGGACGUGGAUCGUCUGAAGGCGUCGGCUCAGAUGGAGAACGUGAGGAUUCCUCAUUUCCUGCAGGAUCAGAGCAGAUACUGUGAACAGCUGCUGAAGAUCAUGGAGACCAAUCAGCUGACAGACCAGGAGCUGAGGAGCAUCAUCUGACUCACACACACACACACACACACACACACACACACACACACACACACACACACACACACACACACACACACACACACACACACACACAGACUCAGACACACACACACACACACACUCACACUUACACACACACACACCCACUGCCAUUACCCAGCAUGCUGCACUGCACGUUCGUGAGGUACGUUAGAUUCUUCAGUGCCAACUCCUCUGAACACUAACAUGUCUUUACUGCAUUCAAAGAGUUUGAUGCCAAGUGUUUUAUUUCACAGUCUCCACGCUCACUGAGGUUUGGGAGGUUUUUAAAUGUUCCUUAGUUUAGAAAUGCCUGGAGGAGAAAUGUAGGGUUUGUUUCCAAAGCAGGUUACACAUCAGACGGCAGGGGACCAAACCUCUGACCCUCUGAUGCUCUAAGCCCAUUUCAGAUCCACACACUUUGUUCGUCUCUGAUUGAAUUCUCUUGCCGAAAGUUGACAUUACACAUGUCGUUAAUAUCCACGUAUCAACAGAAGGACAGAUAUACAUCAUCAUGACACAGUUUGUAAUACACAGAAUGCAUUAAAACACUCUAUAGUCUGCGACGAAAACGGUAUAAACAUUCCUAAAGUGUGCAAAGUAGCUGCAGAUGUUUUACUCACUUCUGACCGCUGUCUGUUAAUUAGAGCGCGACUUAUAACGGAUUAGUUUCAGGCUAUUUGAUGUUUGAGACUUAAAAACCUUUCUUUCUUUACGUUAAACCGACCACAUGAACAAAGACCUUUGAUAAAGUCCCCUGAAUGCAGUUCUUAUUAUUAAAGAGUUGAAUAAGAUGCGUGUCGUUGCUUUGCUAUGGAUGGAAGUUCACUGAAAACACAUCAUAGGGAUUUCUUCACGUCCUUUUCGUUCAACAACCCUUUAAAGUGGGAUCAAGAGACGCUGUGCUGUUCUAGUUUGUGAAAUGACUCCGUGCUUUCUCUGUUGGCCGAAGGGAACUAGUCUGUUGUCUUCUCUAACGUGAAAAGAGCAAACUGAGGGGACCAUCAGUCUUCUUUGGAGCCCGACCUGAGCAGUGACCUGAUGUGAAAGCUGCCUAACGGAGAGUUAAACCACAUGUUCAGAGACUUCUCGAUGCUUCACAUCUGGUGGAUUAGUGCAUGAAUAUUAAUUUGAGCAUGAGCCGUCAGAACAUUUCUAUAUUUAGGGUUCUCUGAUGAUCUAAGUGUACUUACCUGCUGUGUUACAGCCGUCUCCUCAGGAGGUGAACACGCGCCUGCCCUCUGUUCCCUGUGGACACUUUGUGUAGACACACGUUCUGAAACACUCCAGCUCCAGCUUCUCCACAUUUCCUGUAAAAACACAAACUCCCUGAAGUGUGAGCGUCUUUUGUUUUGAAGGUGACUUCCUGUUUGCACCCUGUCCUUAAAGCUCUGCACUGAUAUCAUGUUGGUGUCAUUAAUUAUACAUAUUUGGGUUUUAAAAGACAAACCAACGCCUUGAGGUGUAAUAGUUGACCUGAUAUCCAGAGUGGCUGUUGAUGGUACCGUUUACUGACUUGGUUUUCCUGUUUUUGUAUUAUUGAAGUGACUUGUUUGUUUGGGAUAUUUUAGAAUCUCUGAAUAAAACUCCCUG